CCGCCCGUGCUCCUGGGACACAGCUCUCCCCCUCGCUCUCGCUGUCGCAGCCGCAUCUUUCCAGCUUGUACUACCUGAUUGCUCGGUGGUGUCUCUCUUUCUCGCGACCACGUUCAUGUCGCUCGGCAAGAGGGAUAUGAGCCAGGAGCGCCUGUACCAAGAUCGCAAGGACGUGGUGCCCAUCCACUUCACCACGCCGCCGCCGCCGCCGCGGCAGCAGCAAUCCCACCAGCACCACCAUGUCGGCCACGGUGAGCAGCAGCAGCAGCAGCUGGAGUGCUUCUCGGAUGAGGUGGACAGCCGCGGGAGCGCCGAGCUGAAGGAGCCCGCGAGUAGUGGGGCACUGGUGGUGUCCGGUGGCGGCGACGGGGCGAGCAUCGAGGUGUCCAAGAAGCGGCGGGGCCGUCCCCCGGGGUCGAAGAACAAGCCGAAGCCGCCCGUGGUGAUCACGCGGGAGGCGGAGCCGGCCGCCGCGAUGCGCCCGCACGUGAUCGAGAUCCCCUGCGGCCGCGACGUGGCCGACGCGCUCGCGCGGUUCGCGACGCGGCGGAACCUCGGGAUCUGCGUGCUCGCGGGCACGGGCGCCGUGGCCAACGUCUCGCUCCGCCACCCGGCGCCCGGCGGGGGCGUCCCGGCCGGCGCCAUCGUCAUCCACGGGCAGUACGAGAUCCUCUCCAUCUCCGCCACGUUCCUGCCCCCCGCCAUGUCCGCCGUGGCGCCGCAGGCCGCCGCCGCCGCCGCGUGCCUCUCCAUCUCGCUGGCGGGGCCGCACGGACAGAUCGUCGGCGGCGCCGUGGCGGGUCCGCUCUACGCCGCGACCACCGUCGUCGUCGUGGCCGCCGCCUUCACCAACCCCACCUUCCACCGCCUCCCCGCGGACAACGACGCGUCGGUGUCCGUUUCCGUCUCGCUCUCCCCCUGCAGCGGCGACCCCGCGGACGAGCACCGCGGCAGCCAUCAUCACCAACAGCAGCACCAGCACCCCGCGGAGCAGGCGCCGCCGCCGCCGCAGGAGCAUCGCCCUCACGUCGUCCGACGCCAGCCCGCGCCGCACCUCGGCGCUGCCGCCUCGCAAGCGCAGCCGGUGGAUCCGUGCGGCCCUCCGGCCGUGCCCAUCUUCGCCUGCCACCCGCAGCCGCACGACGUGAUGUGGCCGCCGCCGGCCCGCGCGCAGCACCCCCCGCCGCCGCCGUUCUGAUGAUCGGCGCGCCCGGGUGAUCAAUCAAUCAUUGGUACGCGUCAAGCUAGCACCGCAUUCGCAUCAUGUAAGCAGGAUAAUGACGUGACAAUGCGCGCCCCAGCGCUCGAUCUCCGUUGACCGUAGCUCCACCUAGGGUUUAACUCUCUUUUUGCUCGUCUCGCGAUGACAAUCGCUGAUCUGCAUUGCGAGAAGCUCUCACGCUACCGCUUCCGUUUCUCCAUUGCAUU